AGUGACGUCACGCGGCCGAUCGACGUCACGCGCCUCGCCGCCUCCGCCGUUGAGUUCGCUCCGCUUCCAAUCUCCCGCUUCGUUUCGUCGCCGCCGCCGCCAUGUCGAUCGGCGUCCCCAUCAAAGUGCUUCACGAGGCCGAGGGCCACAUCGUGACGUGCGAGACGAACACGGGCGAGGUGUACCGCGGCAAGCUCGUGGAGGCCGAGGACAACAUGAACUGCCAGAUCUCAAACGUGACUGUGACAUUCCGGGAUGGACGCGUGGCCCAGCUCGAGCACGUCUACAUCCGCGGCAGCAAAAUACGCUUCCUCAUAUUACCGGACAUGCUCAAGAACGCGCCCAUGUUAAAGUCUGUCAAAAACAAAAACCCAUCGGCGGGAGCUGGACGUGGCAAGGCAGCCAUCCUCAAGGCACAGGUGGCAAGAGGCCGAGGUCGUGGUGGCUUCAGUCGCGGAAACAUCUUCCAAAAACGACGAUAGAUGGGAGGGCUGACGGGGGACCUAGAGGCGAAAAAUCUACUAAAAUUGAUGUGAUUUUGUAGAAUUGCAGUCUUUGGAUGUCUUGUUUUAUACAACAUUAUUUCUGUAAACAAACGUUUUGGAUGAUGGUAACUUCAUAGCCACACUUAAGGUGUCUUGAGUUUCAACAUUAAACAUUAUUUUGAAAUUAAAGCUUAGUUUAUCACCAGCAUGGUUGACUUCGUACUGUGCAAAAGACGUUCAACAUACAUACCGUGAUGGUAUAUCAUUUUUCAAUAAAAGUUAGCCAAACUGGCUGUUCCCGUUUGUAUGUUAAUUUCAAUUAAAGUGUCAUUGUACAAAGGA